AUGCACUACGCAAUCAUUGAUGCUCGAUCUGUUGGUCUGGAGAUUAAGAACGCGAAUGGACCGAGGCUGAUCGAGGUUGGAGAGAGGAUCAAGCAGGCUGUGAGAAAAACCUACACACCCGUGCAUCCGAAAAAUGAUAAGAUCAGACAGGUCACAAUUGUUGAAUUCACCGAGCCCGUACGACAAGCUUCGGAUGGCACCAAGAUGGCAAUGAACACCGUUGUGGUGUCUCCAGGGCGAUUCGACCGGUGCCCGUGUGGAACCGGGAGCUGUGCUAGACUGGCCCUCUUGCAUGCAAGAGGUGGACUGCAUGUUGGGGAGAAGUUGGCACAUCAGAGCAUCAUUGGAUCAACCUUCGAUUGUCAUAUCAGGGGUACGACCACUGUGGGCGGUUUCGAUGCGGCCCUGCCUACGGUCAAGGGGAAUGCGUGGAUCACCGGGUUUAAGUACAUGUCUUUGGAUCCAUCGGAUCCUUUUCCAACGGGCUUCCGGGUUGGAGAUCAGUGGCAUAUGCCAGAGCCUUCAGGUGAACGUAUUGUUGAAUAG